AUGGUGCCAGAGGACAUCUGUGGAUGGCCCCCCCCCCCCCACAAAUGGGACCCUCGAUCCGAAAGGAGGGAGAAGUAUGCGGGCCAACCAAACCUAGCCUCUAAAAGGGUUUCUGCUGUCGAACUGCAGGUGGUAAACCCAGUGGAGGGCUUGUCGCUGCACAGCGAGGCGCUGCUGCGGCGCGCCGCCGGGGAGCGCCUCCAGGUGGCGCUGCUCUUCAGCCACUUUGACAGCUGUUUGGACGGCCGGUACACUGCCAAGCAGCUCGAGGAUCUCAUGCACUCCGUCGUGGACCAGGCGAAUACCGUUUUGGCCACUGCCGGGGACGAGGUCUCGCGGGGUGAAGUUCGCGCCGCCGUGCUGCGACAUGAGCCGUGCAAUCACUUGACAGAAGAGCUGGAUGAUCUCUUUGCCCCUGCUGGCUCGGAACUUCAAGGUAACAAAAGCUUGUGCCUGUUCACGUGUCUGGGCCUUCGACAUACGAUUGUCCGCACGGAGCCUUCUGAAUGGACAGCGCUUGAUGUGUACCUGGUUGCUGGUCCAAGACGGUUCCGGACCCACACGAAGUGGAAGCAGGCUCUGAGCCGUCGGCUUUGGUGCGGCAGUCGCCGCGCAGAGAGGGCACAGGACACGGCAGACAAUGAGGACGAGGAGCAGGAGGCGUUCUGUUUUGCAGGCCACGAUCUUGGGAUGCUGAUACGUUUUUGCCGUGACGUCAAGAUACUCAGUGCGCCGAGUGGUGAAGAUGGUCAGCCAGCCCAGAAGAAGAAGAAGAAGAAGAAGAAGAAGAAGAAGAAGAAGAAGAAGAAGAAGAAGAAGAAGGAGAAGGAGAAGGAGAAGGAGAAGGAGAAGGAGAAGGACUGGGAGCUGGCGCGUGCAAUGCUCGAGAGGCUGAGACUUCCAGCCCUGGGCUACGGAGAGAAAUAUCUGGCUUACCACUCGCUCGUCACAAAGAUCAUGAAGCGCCUGGCAGAUGGGGAUGCCAGCCAGGUGAUGUGCCAGCUCGUCUUCAGGCUCCCCUCUCCAAGCCAGGCGCAAGGCGCGGGCCGUGUGCAGCACCUCUUUCUGGGGACGCCCGAAGGGAAGCCCGCGGAUGCCUUGCAGCGCUGCUCGCCUGAGGGGCCGUUGAUUCUGGCCGUGGCGCGCCUGGUAAAGACCGCCACCACAUGGCCCACGCCGACCAAGGCCUACGCGCUUGGCAGGGUCUUCUGCGGCAGCGCUGGCAGAGGUCAGCGGGUGCGCUGCACGAGCGGUGCGGGCGGUACGAGUGGAGAGUGUGGACGCAUCGAGCAGAUUGAGCAGAUCGAGCAGCUGGCGCUGCCACUGGGUGGAUUUGCAGAGCCCAUAGAGACGGUCCCGGCAGGGAACCUGGUCCUCGUGGCAGGGCCUGCGAACCUGAUUUUCAAGUCUGGAACCCUGCUGGAUGAAAGCCUUCCAAGCGAGUCCUGCCUGCAAAGCGUCGCCGCGAACGCUCCGCUGCGGCCGCUGGUGCGCGUCUCGGUUCGCCCGCAACGUGCAGAGGACCUGCCCAAGCUGGUGGCCGCCCUACGGCAGCUCAGUGCCUGCGAUCCCGUGGCGCGCUGCCGCGCGGAAGAGUGGGGUGAGCACGUCAUCACCGGCCUUGGAGAACUUCACCUCAGCACCUGCAUCGGGGGGCUCACUGCCGAGCUUGCAGCCACUUCGUCGGAAGAGGUCGACCUGGUCGUCGACAGGCCGCAGUACGUGACGUCCCGGAGUGGGUUGAGCACUUGGAGUUACGGCGUCGAGUACAAGGAGACAGUACGCGCUGCCUCAGACUGCGUCUCCUCCAGCCCCGAAACGAAGAGCUCAGCGGGAGCUGCCGUUGACGUGCGGUGCACGGCCCGAGCGCUGAGGCUCGAGGAGGAGAUCUGCCAGGAACUCGAGGAGGGUGGCCCGCUGUCUCGGGCCAGACCACGCCAGCGUGCGCUGAUGCUUUCGGAUCGCUACGGCUGGCCUCUUCAAGAGUCUCAGAACCUUUGGGCCUGCGGCCCCGCAGAUGGAUGUGGCACCAACAUCUUCGUUCGGGGCGAAUGCGAGCUCCGCUCGGCCGGAGCAGCCAUGGCGGGGGCUUGCCGCUGGGCCUCAGCCGAGGGUGCGAUUUGCGAGGAGCCGCUGCGAGGGAUCCGCUUCCACCUGGGCCUGACACGGGCGGAGGUGGAGGGGGUGGAGGGGGUGCAGGGGGGGAACGUGGUGAACGAGAGCGUUUCGAAGCCAGCUUUCCGCUGGGCCCGUGACUGCAGCGCCGUAGCACGGCGCGUGCUGUUGGCCUCCGCCUUGGACGCUGCUGCUGCGCCGGGCCUUCUGGAACCUUGGUCCCUGGCAGAGGUGGUUGUGCCGGCCACAGCACCCGAGACCGUGGCACUGUUGUGGGGCUUGCUGGUGGCCGUUCGGGGCCUGGAGUUUGCACCAGACUGUGAGCCCGACGAGGAGGGAGCCGCACCGCAGAUGUGGCAAUUUGAGCUGCCAACUUUGGAAUUGGUUGGCCUCGAGGCUCGUCUUAAUGCCGUUGAAGGCCGCCGGCGCAGCAUCAUCGUGAAGGAUCGCUUUCUGCGCUGGGAUGCACUCCCCGGCGUGCUGUCGGGUGACUCCGUUGAUUCGAAGAGCACGUACCUCAAGAGCGUGGUGGUUGGCCUCCGCCGGUGGCGCCAGCUAAAUCCAGCUGUCCCGAGCCAGGAGGAUUUGAUGAGGAACGAACGAUGUCUGCAAGAUGCAGAGCUAAUCGUUGUCGCAGAGAAGGGGCAACAUGACUUUUACGUUUCCGCCGCCGAGGCUGCGUCGCGGGAUGCAGUGCUGAAGAUCUCCACGGAAGAUGUCACGGAAGGCCUGAGGGUCUCCGUUGCCGGCUUGAUGCCGCUGAGUCUGGUGGCACCAAGACGGCCCGUGCCCGUGUUGGGAGGCGUGGUCUCCGGAUCUUGCAUGGCAGCCCUCGGUGUGGUGCUCGGCAUGCCCGAACUUCGAGGUCCGGUGCUCGAGAUUGGCGCGGGUCGCGGACUUCUGGGUUUGGCCACCUCAGCCGCACUCGGCUGCGUGGGUUUGGUGACCGACCUCGAGGAAGAUGUCUGUGAAGCCUUGACAAGGAGCCUCCAUGUCAAUGCCGAGCUGAGCUCCGUGCGGGCCGAAGUCUUAGAUUGGGAUGAUGGCCUGGAAGCAGCAACUUCGCUCCUCGCCGACCCGGAUCCGGGCCUUCUCUUGGGAGCCGACCUAUUGUGGGCAGAUGAUGCAGUCGACCCCUUGUUCGAGGCCGUGGAAGCGGCAGUGAUGGAGGGUUGGACAUUCCUCUACGGUGCUUCGGAUCGGCCCUCCAAUGCCCUCUUGGCGCAACGACUCGCAGAGACGAAGGGCACCAACCUCAAAACGUUCAACUAUCGCGUCGAGAAGGUUUGCCGCGAGUGCCAUGGCUGGCAGACGACCGAGGAUUGCAGAGUCCUGGUCUGGAAAUCUGGCUGCGGGGAGGAAAAAAAGAUCGAAGCACAUGGGACCACAAACCUGAAAGGUGCUCAGCCGCGGAAGGGUAUGGUCAUCGAGCAACUAGGCAUGACAAUCUGCUGGAGCAGUUCACGAGCUCUGCUCAGACACCAUCGGUUCUGUCUCAAGCUGCCGGCCAAAGUGCUUCCAGCAAAUGGCUACGUGCGCAGAAACAAGAUCAAGGAGGGGCAAAGCAGGAAGGCCUGGGAAGUUUUCCCGGUUUUGUUUGCGGUGGUUGCGAGGGAGUUUGAGAUCGGAUCCAAGUUCUGGCCAGAGGUCUUCAGUGCAUUGUCCAUGACGGUGCCCUCCAUUUAUGCCUACCAUGCCGUGCCCGACCUUGCCUCCAACGCAGUUUUCCCAGAAGGUGUCUGGGCUCUGGCAAUCGGCACCUGGAUGCAUUGCCCCUUCAGUGUGGCCUAUCAUCUCGCCUCUGCCGUGCUGGACCAGCGCAGCGGCUAUGAUCCGAUGUGCACGCCAUUUCGGACGAUGGACAUAUCUGCCAUCCACAUAUCUUGCGUCAUCUUCGCCUGGGCCCUUAGCAAUGGAAGCAUGGCCUUCGCCCUCCUCGUGGCCGCCCUCGACGUGCCAUGCAUUUUCAUACUCCUCCGCCGCCUCGUGUAUGGAAGACCUGGUGGAAUUGACGAGAACAUCCGCGUGACCUGCCUUGUGUUUCUGUACACGCUCCCGAUGCUUUUUCGUGGCGACUAUUUCCAUUACAUAGCCGUCAUCUCGUCGUGGCUGGGUGCGUGCUUCUUUUUCAUCGUUGGAAGCUACUUGAACUUAGGAGGAGGAUGGAGCCACGGAGUUUUCCACCUGAUGUGCACUCCUUUUCUCCACUUCAUGAUGUCUGGUGUGGCCAGCUGA